AUGAAUUCCCUAGUUUCUCGAACGGGGCAAAGCUCCCAGGCCCUGUUCUCGGGCGCAACCAGCCGGUUAGCUAUUGCCCACGGCCGAUCCUCUGCUUACCGGCGGAUAUCGCAGCUUUCCAUUACCACCAGGGCAGGAGCGCAAGAGCAAUCCCACAUCCAGAGCUACCAUCUCGCCCGACUAAGAUCCCCAUUCACCCCGGAAUCCCUCUACGUCUCCACCAGGGUCGCCAUCCAAUCCCGCCAAUUCCACGCCACAUCCAUCCGUGGCAACAAGGAGAAGCCAGCCGAAGAGAAGCCGUCGGAGACCAAGACCGAGGAAGAACCAGCAAAGGACAAAGAAUCCGAAUCCAAGACCGAGGAAGGCGAAAACCAGGAGCAGAAGAAGCAACAAAAGACCAAGAAGGAGGACCUACCCCCGCCGCCGCCCCACGGCAACAAGACGCCAUGGGAGGUAUUCAAGGAGACCUUCCAAUCCGAGAUGGAGCAGUCUAAGGAGUGGAACGAAUCGACCAAGGCCAUUGCCUCGUCGGCGCACCAAUUCACCGAGAGCGAAUCCGUCAGGCGCGCACGUGAGGCUUAUGAGAAGACGAGCAGUGCCGUUUCGUCGACUACUUCAAAGGUCGUCAAGACCACGGCUGGUGCCAUCGGAAAGGGUGCAACCUGGACGUGGGAGACUCCCGUCGUCAAAGGUGUGCGAUCCGCGGCGAACGUUACCGGCGAGGCCCUCGACAAAGCGACUAAGCCGAUCCGAGAGACCGAGGCGUACAAGAGCGUAAAGGACGUCAUCGAUGAUGGUGCUAGCUCCCGAUACGGUGGCUGGGUUGAGAAGGAAGAGCGCCGAAGGAGGCGGGAGCUCAAGGACAAGAAUGGCGGUGCCGCUCCUGAAGUCUUCCAGGAGGAUCCCAAUGCCGGCACAAACGUUACCCUACACAAGGAUGCCGCCUGGAAGGAGGCCUGGAGGGAUUUCAGGGACUCGAACAAGGUCAUCCAGGGUCUCUUCAACGCCAAGAACGUCUACCAAGAAUCCGAGAACCCCCUCAUCAGCACAGCCAGGAGCAUAACCGACCGAAUCGGCAGCUUCUUCGCCGAGAACGAGACCGCCAUGGUCAUCAAGAAGUUCCGCGAGAUGGACCCCCAGUUCAAGGUCGAGCCCUUCCUCCAGGAGCUCCGAGAAUACAUCCUCCCCGAGGUCCUCGACGCGUACGUCAAGGGCGACGUCGAGACCUUGAAGCUUUGGCUCUCGGCGGCUCAGUUCUCUGUGUACGAGGCCUUGACGAAGCAGUAUCUCCAGAUGGGCAUGAAGUCCGAUGGUAGGAUUUUGGAUAUUCGAAACGUCGACAUUCUUAAGGCGAAGAUGCUCGAUCCCGGUGACAUUCCCGUCUUCAUCAUCACCUGCAGGACUCAGGAAGUGCACGUCUACCGCAAUGCCAAGUCGAACGAGCUUGCGGCCGGUAUGGAAGACAAGGUGCAGCUCGUUACGUACGCCAUUGGCAUGACUCGUGUGCCUGAGGACGUAAACAACCCCGAGACGAGGGGGUGGAGGUUGAUUGAGAUGCAGAAGAGUGGAAGGGAUUGGUACUAA